GUGGCAGGGCCUCACUGGCUGAGAGGUAGUUCCAGAAUUAAGAAGUGGGGAAGGACCAGUCCUACCUCAUUCUCCCCACCCCACCCAGGUCCGUCCUCUCCAAGGAACCCUGUCCCCACAUUUACCAUGGGUUUCCUCUUGCCUUUUCCUGUCCUGCAGCCAGUGCUGGGAGCUGGGGCAAAGCCCGGCAGGAACAGUGGGGUCAGGAAGCCACCAGGGCCAAGGGAGCCAGGGUUCCGGGGUGCUGUUGGGACCUGAGGCAGGGGAAGACCCAGGCAUCCGGGGGUCCACACCCAAGAGCCCCUCUCCAGCAAUCUUCCAUCCCAGCACCCAUGAGCUAGGCUCCCAUCCUUCUCCUCCACCCAGACUUACGAGUUCACCCCAGCCCCCAGCACGGCAACCCCACCACUGAGGGCCUAGUCUGGGGGGACCAGAUGAACUUUCUAGUCUGAGAGGGGGCUGUCUGCUUUGUCCUGGAACCAUAGGCGGAGCCUCCCUUUGUUGCCGUCCAAUCAGACUCAGAGUUGGGUUUGUGGGCGGGGCCAAGAAAACUCCCGGGGAGCGUCCUUCUAGGCAAGUCCGGCGGCGGGGCGGGCCAGGUAGUAAGGUAGAAGGGGGAGGGUGUGGGAAUUCCUUGUAGAUCGGGGUGAAAGGUGACCUUGGCUCCAGUCAUAAAGCCCUCCACAUCACGUGACCAACGUCACCCUCUCCCCAACAACAUCCUUAUUGUCAGUCUUUGGAAAUCGAGUGGAAGACGGUGGCCUGCUCGUCCCUUCCAAAAGCCCUCAGCCUGGUUUCGGCUGUUCCGCUACAACAUUCAAGGUCAAGGUCGGGCAGCGGCUGUCUAGGGUGCCUCGGGACUCCGGACACCUCGGUUUCCUAACGGAGAAGUGGGAGUCCUGCAAAUUGGGGCUCUUCGUCUCAGGGAUAGGCUUCUUUCUCCUUAGCGAUCACCUCCUCCGAGUGGGGUGGGAGGACCCUGCCCGGGGUUCUGUGCGGGCUGAGCCCUCCGGCCUCAAUGGGUCCCCAAGUAGCCCUCCUGGUGGCGGCGCUAGCCGGCUGCCUGCUUCGGGCCCGGAGCUGUGUCAUUUGUGAUCCAAGGGUCGUGGCCGCGCUGGACGCCUUGGAAAAGGAAUACCUGCCCACCCACCUCGCUCCCGGGCGGCACAGACAAGUGAUGGAAAGGAUAAGAGAAACCGUGAGGGAUUUCCGGGACCUGCCAUAUUUAGAGGAUACCUUUAUGGGGGUUAUCGAUGAGGCCACAAUGGAAACGUCAGUCUUAAGUUUUCUGAGGAGUGUGAGACUUAUCAGAAACAGUGGCGCAGCAGAUGACACUUUCGUGAACGAGUUCUCCUGGAUGUUGACUCUGGAAAAGGCAGCCUUUCAGGGCUAUGUCGCUCGGUUCCAAAGAAAGGAUUUCUGUCCCAACAAAUGUGGUACAAUGUUGCAGCUUCUGAUCUGGUGCAGUAACUGUAAAAAGCAGCUUCACGCUUGUCGAAAAUCCAGAGAUUGUGGGGUGCUCCAAAUCAAUGUCCAUGAAACGGAAGACAUGAUCCUGGACUGUGAGCUCGACUGGCAUAAAUUAUCUCAAGGCCUGACCUAUUACAGCUUUUACAGGGUGAGCCCUUUAACCCCAAGUCCACAAGGCUUGUGUGAGCGCCGACCCCCUUAUCCACAAGCUUGUUGCCACAAUCCCCAUGACUCAUGAGCCACCAGGUUUGACUUCUAGGGAUCCCCGGGGACCCCAUGCCCUUAACAGUACACCCUGGACUCCCAUCUUCCCC